CCGGCGGGGCCCGGCCCCGAUCCGGAGGAGAGCUACGACUUCCUCUUCAAGCUGGUGCUCAUCGGGGACGCCAGCGUGGGCAAGACCUGCCUGGUUCAGCGCUUCAAGACCGGGGCCUUCGCCGAGCGCCAGGGCAGCACCAUCGGCGUGGACUUCACCAUGAAGAGCCUGGAGAUCCAGGGCAAGCGGGUGAAG